CCAGAGACAGCUCUUCCCAAACUGCUCAAAUCAGAUUGGAAUGUGUAGAUGCUCUUAAUGUCCUUCAGGCCGGCGAUUGCCGUCGUUGCUCUUCAAGCUCAAUAUGGUACAGCAACAGUAUGGGAGCCAAACUCAUCUCAGAGUCCUAUUCACUUCCGGAUCUCCGGGCUUCCUUCAAAUUCAUCGGGCUCGAUGGAGUGCGACCUUCUCCAGCCAGAAUUUAUUUGGAUGCAACCAUCUCUUUGGUCUGAGAGCAUAGACUGCCAAGUGGGCAUAUUCUCAGAUUCAUCCUGCUCACAAUUGAUAGAAUCAGCCUCGACAGCUUACGACAGUAAAGCCUUUCUAGAGCGUCGAGUGAUUCUCGGCACUGCAGGAGUUCUUGAUGUGUGGAUCCCAGCACACAGGCAAGUGAGUUGCUUUCGCAUGAGACUUCCAAGCUCAUUGAUCUGGAGUUUGGAUCACUCCAAGGCUCUUUUGUCCAUUGCUGUGGUGGAAGAAGAGACGUAUCAUGCAAGCUUCGUUUCUCGAUAUGUCCAACCGAAUUCAAGGCUCUCGGAGAUCGUGAUCUUCCGCAGCUUUGGGCCAGGCAUUGAAGCGAACUCCGCGUUGAUUGCGAUUGGCAUUGUCUUCGCUGUUCUUUGCAUGGUCCAUGCAUCUGGGCUUGUCACACAAGCUGGAGGUGCACAGGGCCUGAGAAGAAGCUUGGUAAAGGCCGAUAUUGACCCAAACAAGAUUGGUGUUUCGAUCGAUGGAGACGUGAAAGCUGGCAGAGUGAGUGUGACAUCGGCAGAAGAGCGCGUGUCGUGCGAUGCCUUGAAAGACUUUGCUCUUGGAAUUUGCCUCUCGCUCGAGUUUUGUUUGAUGCUUUUAUACUUGGUGACACACAGAUUUGCGAGCGAAUCGACCAUGAUUUGUACCCUGGUGAUCUUGCUGACACCGGUCGUUUUUGUACCCCAUUUGCUAUGCAUGAAAGGUAGCGCACAGAGUGAACAUAAGUUGCAAGAUGAAAGGGAGCACCCUUCCCAGAUGAGGAUUUGGUCGAAGAAGCUGGACACAUGGAGGCCAAGAGGCUCUACGAUUGUGAUUCUGUUGAUGGCACCAGUCUUCUUCUGUCUUUGCUUGGCCUAUCACUUUCAUGUGAUGGUAUUCCACAUGUGCAGAUGUACAGCCUUGUGCAGAAGGAAUCUCAGGCGCAAAUGCAGAUGCUCUGGCCUUGCCAAUGCAUUGAUAGCAUCACUGGCAGUUGUGUCACGAGCUCUGGUAUCGCCCCCGAUCUACUCCGUUGUAAUGAAGAGCCAGUCAAACAAGGAUGCAGUGUGUGCCACUUUCGCAAAAGUUCUGUGCUUGUGUGGCAGCCUCCCAGUUUUGCUGGUCAUCGUUAUUGACAUGGCAAUGCAGCCACACAUGGCAGCUUUUUCUAUCGGUCAGCAAAGCCAGUCCGACACUGGAGUAACAGAUAGCUUGGUCGCCUUCGCUUCUCUUCUUCUUGCUCGGCAACUGAUUCUGUUCUGCGUGACCAUCUCGCUCGAAGCCACAGAAGAACAGGAUGAGGAAGAGGAGCUGGAAGUGGAGGAAGAUGAGCAGGAAGUUGACCCACAAUGUGCCUUUGAUGACGUCUCAGUACCUGAUGAAUCCGAGGCGUCGCAUCCUGACCCUACAAUCACUGAGUCGAUUGUAGUACCAACCUCUGGUGAUUCACCUCUGGCUUUAUUGCAGCGGGACCCUGCCACAGACCGAAUCCCUGCACCUUCAAUUGCCUCUACUUCAUUCGUUGAGCAAGCUUCGUUGCAACCUCAACCCCUUGCGUGGAACGCUCCUGUGUGGAACACUCCUGCGUGGAACGCUCGUCACGCAGCUGCUAGCAUGUCUCCACACUAUGCUUCAUGCCAACCUGCCGCUCCUGUCAACAUGUGUCCUACUUCACCUGGCUCUUCUCCACUCCACCAGACAUGGCAGGAGGCUUCUGCAGUGCCUGAACCGCUUUUGUGGAAUGAGCAACCAGGUGCAAAUGCAACAGAGGUCUUGUUGCAGCUGGAAGCUCCAGCAACGCCAGUUCCAGCAAGUGUUGAUGGAGCUCAGGUCAGACAGCAGGAAAGAGAGCCUGAACCUCCGUGGAGAACGGAGUCCUCUGCAGAAAAUGCGGUGCCAGCUGGUGCGGUCAAUCAGGUCGUCCUUCAGCGACUUUCAAGAAUCUCACAGCACUUUUUGGGUGCAAAGGCAAAUUCUGGUGAAUGGGCAGAAAGCAAAGUUGUGGAGGCCCCAAAGUCGCCGAAGCCGAGCAAGCCGAGCAAGCCGAGCCUCUUGAAGGAGAAGAAAAAGAAGAAAAAGAAGAAGGAGAGGCCCUUAGAAUUGGAAUAAAAGAAGACCCAGAUUGAAGAGGCAAUGAUUGCAAGUUCUUUCAAGGUUGGAGGAAGGAAAAGCAUGUCAACAGUAAGCAUGGGAUUCAAAGCAGAGCCGAGUCUAUGUGAUUCAAAGUGAAGAAGUGCAGACUGCAUCUAGGGAUCGCAGUCGGACCACUCAAUGUGCAAGGCACAGCCGAAUUCAUUUUGCAGUGUACCAUGUGCACUGCCACCUUCAGGACUGUGUACUUUUGCACAAUUAAAAGCAUGCACAUUUUGUUGUGCACCUGGUGAAUGACAGCAAAGCUGGACAUGAGCCACGGUGCCUCCAGCACAUUAGGACUGUGCCCGUAGGGGCCUAUAUGGUCCUGGUCCUGAAGGUUUGCACAUUGUGCCCGUAGUAUCCAGUGUCGAAGACAAUGCGAGACUGCUGGGGAGUGCUGUUUUGACCAGCCUUUCUCAGGCACACGUGAUACACAAUGCAGUGCCAAAAUUGGACAGUGCUGGACGACAGAAAAGGCCAAGUGGCCAUUCAGCGAUUUCUGACUCAGUUUGGUCCUUUGUGUACUUUCAGCUUCUAAGGUCCUUAAGCCUCACUUUUGUCGUGC